AAACUCCCAGUAAGUUGUUCAUGGCAGGAGGGCGCAGAUAAGGCACCAGCGGGAGCAGCCGCCGCCGCCGGGACUCGGAUCGUUUCAGCCUCUCCGGGGGGCCCCGGGCCAGAACCAUGGAAAGCGGCUGGGCCCAGGCGCCCCUUUACUUCGCCCUCCUGCUGCUCCCCGGCGCCCUGCUCAGCUCCCGGGCCAAAGAAGUCGUCCUGCUGGAUUUUGCCAAGGCCCACGGGGAGCUCGGCUGGCUGACCCAUCCCUAUGGGAAGGGGUGGGAUCUCCUCCAGAACGUCAUGAAUGAAUCCCUCAUCUACAUCUACUCGGUCUGCAACGUGAUGGAAGGCGACCAGGACAACUGGCUGCGGACCAACUGGAUCUACCGCAGCGAGGCCGAGCGCAUCUUCAUCGAGCUGAAGUUCACGGUGCGGGACUGCAACAGCUUCCCGGGCGGGGCCAGCUCCUGCAAGGAGACCUUCAACCUGUACUACGCCGAGUCGGACGUGGACUACGGCACCAACUUCCAGAAGCGCCAGUUCACGAAGAUCGACACCAUCGCGCCCGACGAGAUCACCAUGCGCGAAGACUUCACCUCCCGCAACGUCAAGCUCAACGUGGAGGUGCGCACGGUGGGGCCACUGAGCCGCAAGGGCUUCUACCUGGCCUUCCAGGACAUCGGGGCCUGCGUGGCCCUGCUCUCCGUCCGCAUCUACUACAAGAAGUGCCCCGGCGUGCUGCAGAACAUGGCGCUCUUCCCCGAGACCAUCGCCGGCGCCGACUCGCAGGCGCUGGCCAAGGUCAGGGGCACCUGCGUGGAGGACGCGGUGGCCAGCGAGGAGCCCAGCAUGCAUUGCAACUCGGACGGGGAAUGGCUGGUGCCCAUCGGGCAGUGCCUGUGCCGGGCGGGAUACGAGAAGGUGGAGGAGAGCUGCAAAGCCUGCCCUGCUGGGUUCUUCAAGCCGGAUGUCUCCGGUGAUGCCUGCUCCAAGUGUCCCCCCCACACGCUCUCCUCUCCCGAAGGUUCCACCUCGUGCCCAUGUGAGGAAGGCUAUUUCCGGGCGGCAGAGGAUCCAGUGUCUUUCCCCUGCACCCGUCCCCCUUCUGCCCCCCACAACGUCAUGGCCAUCGGCUUGGGCGCCAAGGUGCAGCUGCGCUGGUCCCCGCCCCGUGACACGGGGGGCCGUAAGGACAUCACCUACAGCAUCACGUGUGAGCAGUGCUGGCCGGACUCGGGGGAGUGUCGGCCCUGUGACAACAGCAUCCGCUACUCGGACCAGCCCCAGGGGCUGACCGGGACGUCUCUGACCAUCAGCGACCUGGAGCCACAUGUUAACUACACCUUCACCGUGGAGGCCAGGAACGGGGUGUCCGCCUACGGCCCCAGCCGCAGCUAUGGCACUGCGAGCAUCAGCGUCAACCAGACAGAGCCUCCCCGGGUGACAUCGGUGAAUUUGGACAGCCAGACUGAAACCAGCCUGAGCAUCUCCUGGACCGUCCAGCCCCGGCAGCAGAGCCGCGUCUGGAAGUACGAAGUCACCUACAGCAAGAAGAUGGAUGAGAACAGCUACUCGGUCCUGCGCUCCGAAGGGAACUCGGUGACCCUCUCCAAGCUCACCCCGGGCACCAAGUACGUGGUGCGGGUCCAGGCCCUGACACAAGAAGGCCAGGGGGCCUACAGCAUGGAGUAUGAGUUUGAGACGCGUGCCGAGGGCUCCGAGAGCAUGAACAUGGCGGCUGCGGUCGGCGGCUCUAUCUCUGGGAUCAUUUUGUUACUGGUCAUGAUAGCUGUUGCCCUCUACCUUUACCGAAGGAGAAGGCGCUCGCGGGCCCGUCAGUCGUCCGAGGACGUUUACUUCUCCAAGUCUGAACAGCUGAAGCCCCUGAAGACCUACGUGGACCCCCACACCUAUGAAGACCCCAACCAGGCGGUGCUGAAAUUUACAACUGAGAUUCACCCCUCGUGCAUCACCCAGCAGAAGGUGAUCGGUGCAGGCGAAUUCGGGGAGGUUUACAAGGGGACCCUGAAACACGGGAAGAGGGACAUCCCGGUGGCGAUCAAGACCCUGAAGGUUGGCUACACGGAGAAGCAGCGCAUCGACUUCCUGAGCGAGGCCAGUAUCAUGGGCCAGUUCUGCCACCACAACAUCAUCCGGCUGGAGGGCGUCGUCUCCAAGUACAAACCGUUCAUGAUCAUCACUGAGUACAUGGAGAACGGAGCCCUGGACAAGUUCCUGCGGGAGAAGGAUGGUGAGUUCUGCAUGAUCCAGCUGGUGGGCAUGCUGCGGGGCAUCGCCGCGGGCAUGAAGUACCUGGCCAACAUGAACUACGUGCACCGGGACCUGGCUGCCCGCAACAUCCUCGUCAACAGCCAGCUGGUCUGCAAGGUGUCCGACUUCGGCCUGUCCCGCGUCCUGGAGGAUGAUCCCGAGGCCACGUACACCACCAGCGGCGGCAAGAUCCCCAUCCGCUGGACGGCCCCGGAAGCCAUCUCCUACCGGAAGUUCACCUCGGCCAGCGACGUGUGGAGUUACGGCAUCGUCAUGUGGGAGGUGAUGUCCUACGGCGAGCGGCCCUACUGGGAGCUCUCCAACCACGAGGUCAUGAAAGCCAUCAACGAAGGCUUCCGGCUGCCCGCCCCCAUGGAGUGCCCCUCCGCCAUCUACCAGCUGAUGAUGCAGUGCUGGCAGCAGGAGAGGAGCCGCCGGCCCAAGUUCAACGACAUCGUCAGCAUCCUUGACAAGCUCAUCCGGGCCCCCGAGUCUCUCAGGACCAUGGCGGACUUCGACCCCCGGGUGUCCAUCCGCCUGCCCAGCACCAGCGGCUCGGAGGGCCUUCCCUUCAGGACCGUCUCCGAGUGGCUGGACUCCAUCAAGAUGAACCAGUACACGGAGAACUUCCUGUCGGGCGGCUACAACGCCAUUGAGAAAGUGGUGCAGAUGAGCAACGACGACAUUAAGAAAAUCGGGGUGCGCCUGCCGGGUCACCAGAAACGCAUCGCCUACAGCCUGCUGGGCCUGAAGGAGCAGGUGAGCACGGUUGGCAUCCCGAUCUGAGCAGGAGCCGGCCCCAGCCCAAGCAGCCUCGCCGCCUGCGUGGAGAAGGAAUCGCUGCGGGAGAGAAAGCGACACUCGGCGGCUGUGCAAACCGGGAAAUACUUGAAGUGGAGAAUUGAAGUGCCCUUUGCAUCGUCCCCUAGCCAAGAGCCUCUGAGGACACUGACCGGCUGGAUGGCGGUGCCCAGAGCAGAGUCAGCCAGUCUCUCAUGCCGAUUAUACCUCCACAGCAGUUAGUUUUAUUUAUUGCUGAUAUUAUUGUGAUUAGUAUUGGGUGAUCUCUUGCGUCCCUAGAAACCGCCACCGCUGCUGUGCAAUGGUAGCUGGCUCCAGGGGGAGGCGCUAGGCUGCAGCCUGUUCUGAAGGACCGCCCUCCUUGGGCUUGGCCGGGCCACCAGCUGCCAUCCUUGGAAAGCUCCAGCUGCCUUGCGUGCAGCCUCGUGGCCGGAUGUCGGGCAGGUUCUGUGCGGGCAGAGGAGGCCCAUGACGAACUCUUCCUCCACCUGCUGCUUGCACAGGGCUGGCCAAAGCAGAGCGGGCUUGUCUUUCGUUCCCUGCUGUGCUGACCCUCUCCUGACCGGCGGGAGUAUGUGGAUUUUCCAGAACGGCCUCCAUUUCUAAGCAGAGGGUAGGCCGGGACUUUGCUGUGACAAAGCAACAUUGAUUUUUCCUUUGCUCUUUAUAAGAGGAUGAAGAUUUAUAAAUAAAAUGAUGCAGUUGAAACUUUAAAACAACCAAGUUUCCAGGUGCGGGGAACCCGCAUCUUGGCCAGGGUGCCCCGAAGCCUGGCUCGAUCUACUUCCUUGCUCCUUUCUUUCGCCGGGCACUGAGACGCCGCGCCAGCGUGUUUGCUUUUUAAGCAACUGGCUGUAUCAAGAACCUUUUGCUGAGUAGUUUUUUUCUCCUGUCGGUGCCACAAGAGAAGGGCAGAUGCCAGUGCCUUAAAUUUGACAUUCCUCUGGUAGCGAGUGGAGCAGAUGACGGUUGAUAGCUGUGCCCGAGGUCAUGUAAACCAUUUUCCUUCUCUCUAUUUAUUCUUCCACUCCGCUCCCCACCCUGUGCGCCGUUGUGUUUCGCUAGGCGCCCUUUGCCAGUCUGUCAGUGUUCACUUUUUUUUAAUGUAAUUUAUUAUAUUUUUUUAUAUUUAUUGAUGGAAAUCAAAGGCCUUUUGCCCUUUCUCAAAAUUGCUGUUAAGAUUAAAACCGCCGACAGUCCAAUGGAAUUGAGUUUGCUCGUGGGUUCCAGGAAAAUUUGUUCUGUGAUUUUUAAUAAAAUAUGCGGUUUUUUUUUUUAAAUACUUUCCACUGAGCGUGCAAUCUUGUGUGGAGCAGGGGCCAUGCAGGUUCACUUUAUUGUUUGCACAACAUUUGGAGAAUCGACACGGUAAUAGAUAAUGACCCAUUGCUUGGGUCAUCGGCUGGGACUGACCCCACAGCCUCUAGAUUCAAUGCAGAGACCUUCGCUGCGUCAGCUAAUUUACUAAAGCAUGUGACGUUGAGCAUGUGUGUUAAGGGAGCUUUUCAAAGGCAUAAACCCAGCUAUGUAACCAGCUCCCACUGAGCUGGAUUUCUGGUCCAGAGGCAGGGAAUAGAUAGAUGGCAAGAAACAACGGGCGCAGGGGAAUUCUGGGGAGGCGCUGGAAGACAAGCCGCG